AUGAUUGUAACAACUCUUUCCAAACUCAUCUCAGAUUAUGAAAAGUAGAAAUUAAAUUCUAAAUCAAUGGAAAGCAGUUAACCAAAGCUAUGUACCAUAUAAAAAGAUUAAGAGAAAAAGUAUGAGGUAUCUAGUUUAAUGGAUAUUGACUACCAUCAAUAAAUAGUUUGUGAAAAGGAUUAAAUAUCAAACAAAUUCAUAGAUCCUUGGAGUGGAGCACCGUACAAGCCAAAGUGUGAAUUAAUACCACCAAGAAAUGCAGUACCAAUUAAGAGAGAGGAUACCAAGUAGUUAAAUACUUCUAUAUCAUAAAUGAGCAAGAAAAUAAAUUAGUUUAAACAGAGAGAUAAUCUAUAAAAGGAAGAGUAGAAGGAAAAACAAAAGUUGUAUUAGCAGAUCAAGUAAAAUUCAACAAAGAAUUAGUAUAAGAAGUUCAGAAGGGAGUAGGAGAGAUAGGAGUAAAGAUUAAAAGAAGCUGAGCUUAAGGCAACUGUGCAGCCAAUUUAGUAUGAUAAACAUCAUAUCGAUAUUAUGAACACCAACUAUCUUGAUAUUAUGAUUGCUAAACUCUAUUUUAAGCACACUAUUCACUUUGAAACUAUGAAUAAAUUCCUUGAUAUAGUAGAAGGUUGCCCUAUUGUAACUAAUUAAUUAGGGGAUAAUCUAUAUUCAUUUGACUAUUAGACAUAUUUGGAGGUCCACCAUAACAUUAGACCUACCUAUAAAAUGCUGAGAUACGAAUUCCAAAAAUGA